AUUUUCUUUUUAGAUUUUUGGUUUCUUGGUUAUGCAUUUAUUGCCGUCCUUUCAACCUACACACUUGGAAUAAGGGAUUUUGUGGAGCUGUUUUGAUUUGCCGAUCUGCAAGAGUUGAGAUUCUUGAUUUGCUAUGUCUGGUCCAUUAGAUCGCUUUGCUAGGCCAUGCUUUGAGGGGUCAUCUACAAGUGAUGAGAGAAGAGAGCGAAAAUCUGAUUUUGAGAAUUCAGAGGAUGAGAGGAGGACGAGAAUUGGUUCCCUGAAAAAGAAAGCAUUGAAUGCAUCAACAAAAUUCAAACAUUCUCUUAAGAAGAAAAGUAGUAGAAGAAAAAGUGAUGGACGAGUGAGCUCAGUUUCCAUCGAGGAUAUCCGGGAUAAUGAGGAGCUACAGGCUGUUGAUCAGUUUAGGCAAGCAUUACUUUUGGAUGAGUUGUUACCUGAGAGACAUGAUGACUACUAUAUGAUGUUGAGGUUCUUAAAAGCAAGGAAGUUUGAUAUCGAGAAAGCGAAACACAUGUGGGCUGAUAUGCUUCAGUGGAGGAAGGAUUUCGGGGCUGAUACAAUCACGGAGGAUUUUGAAUUCCCAGAGAUGGAAGAAGUUGUAAAAUAUUAUCCCCAAGGUUAUCAUGGGAUUGAUAAGGAGGGAAGACCAGUAUACAUUGAAAGACUAGGGAAGGUUGAUCCUAACAAACUCAUGCAAGUCACAUCCAUGGACCGUUAUAUAAAAUACCACGUAAAGGAAUUCGAGAAAACCUUUUUGAUAAAGUUUCCAGCUUGUACGAUAGCUGCAAAAAGGCAGAUCGAUUGUAGCACCACUAUUUUGGACGUUCAGGGAGUGGGUUUGAAAAACUUUAGCAAGAGUGCAAGGGAGCUCAUUAUGCGGCUCCAGAAGAUUGACGGUGAUAACUAUCCAGAGACGCUUCAUCAGAUGUUCAUAAUCAAUGCUGGAGCUGGGUUUAGGCUCUUGUGGAAUACCGUUAAAAGUUUUCUGGACCCCAAAACGGCCUCCAAGAUACAUGUUCUUGGGAACAAGUAUCUGAAUAAGUUGCUUGAAAUAGUUGAUGCUAGUGAGUUGCCAGAUUUCAUAGGCGGUACCUGUACAUGUGCAGAUCAAGGAGGUUGCAUGCGUUCAGAUAAAGGACCAUGGCAAAAUACAGAUAUAUUGAAGAUUAUUGGUGAAGCACGGCGUCCCAAGCAGCUUGUUAAAGUUCUAAACAGUGAAGGGAAAGUAGUUUAUGCUAAGCCUCGCUACCCAACGCAGGUGAAAGGUAGUAGUGACACCUCUACUGCGGAAUCUGGAUCUGAAGCUGAAGAUAUUGCUUCCCCGAAAGCUGUAAGGAGUUAUUCACACCUUCGGCUUACUCCUGUCCGAGAAGAGGCUAAGGCUAUUGGAAUGCCUGGCUACCCCACAAACUUCGCAGGAUAUGAUGAAUAUGUUCCCAUGGUUGACAAGGCUGUUGAUUCUGCAUGGAAGAAGGAAUCAUCCCUUCAAAGACCUUCCAUUCCCAAAGUGAUGCUUCCACCAGCAGACUCCCAAAAGCAUGUAGAAGGUCUUCAUGCUCGAGUAUUUGGACUUCUUAUGGCCUUCUUCAUGACUCUGUUGAUGCUUUUCCGCUCACUUACAUGCCGUGUUACCAAGAAACUUCAAGGUGCAUCAACUGUUGAGGAACAACCUGUUCAAGACUUUACUUUUGAUGCUAGCCCUAAAGAGGAGUUUCGACCCCCUUCACCUACUCCAGCUUUUACAGAAACUCAACUGCUCUCCGUUGUUCUCAAGAGACUGGGUGAACUUGAAGACAAAGUAAAUACACUUCAAGAAAAGCCAUCUGAGAUGCCUUAUGAGAAAGCGGAAUUGCUAAAUGCAGCUGUGUGCCGAGUAGAUGCCCUAGAAGCUGAGUUAAUUGCAACCAAGAAGGCAUUACAUGAGGCUUUGAUGAGGCAAGAAGAACUUCUCGCUUACAUCGAUGGUCAAGAAGCUGCCAAGUUCCAAAAAAAGAAGAAGUUUUGCUUUUAAGAUGAAGAUGCUUCAGGAAGUGGAUCUCGGAUUUUCAACUGUAGUAUCCAAAUGAGAUACAUAUUUGUAAUGUGUGUUGGCAAUACUCCCAGUCAUUGUGCAAUGGAUCGGUGUUGAGUGUUUCCUUCUUUUUUCCCCCUUUUUGGAUCCUCUGUUUCAUUUGCAAAAUGAGGUGAACAUUUUCUCAUGUGAAAAUAUAUAUUUUCUGUUAGUUUGUUGUGAGUUUGUUUUUGACAUACUGAAGUAACAUUUGAAAGUGUGUUGAUGCAAAAUCA